AUGGUUUAUUUGGAGAUCGUAGCAAAUGCCCUACUGUUACUUACAUAUUCAGUAGCUUGUUUCACAAGUCCAUAUACUAAAGGUGAUAUCAUACACCAGGAACUGACACCAGAUUAUAUGCUUACAAGACUUAGGAAUCGUUCGGUAAAAAAUAGUUUGGAACAAAUUUUUAACAAAAUCAAUAUCAUUCGUAAUGUUGGUAGCCCUGGUCACCUUCAAGUCAGAGAAUUUAUUAGAAAUUAUCUAAGCAAGUGCGAUUGGGAAACUGAUUUGGAUACUUUUGAAGAAAAUACAGUGGAUGGUGUUAAAACAUUUCACAACAUUAUUGGUUACAGAAACGACCCAAACUAUAAGAAAUAUUUGAUUUUGGCUUGUCAUUAUGAAUCAAAACUUCUUCCUAAUUUUGUUGGAUCAACAGAUUCAGCAAUGCCUUGUUCAAUGAUUUUGAAAAUUGUCGACCUACUAAAUUAUGGGAUUAAAGCAUUGAAGAAAUCUGAUAUUGGUUUGAAGCUGAUAUUUUUUGAUGGAGAAGAAGCAUUCAAGAUAUGGACACAUAGUGAUAGCUUGUAUGGAUCUCGACAUUUAGCUGAAAAAUGGAGUAGUACAACAUCCAAAUCAUCUAACGAAACAGAAUUGAGUAAAAUUGAUCUUUUUGUCUUAUUGGAUUUACUUGGUGCAAAACAACCUCACAUACCAAAGUAUCCAUAUGAGGAUAAAGGAAGUUUUAAUAUGCUCAUUGAAUUGGAAAAGAGAAUGAGAUCGUUUAAUCUGUUGAAAUCAUCAGGUGAAAAUAAUCAACCUUAUUUUGGCCAUAGUGUUCGAUACCAGAUUGAAGAUGAUCAUAUACCAUUUGUAGAAAAAGGUGUCCCUGUACUACAUUUAAUUCCAUCACCAUUUCCAAAAGUAUGGCAUACAAUAGCUGACAAUGCUACAAUUAUAGACUGGGAUACAUCGAUCGAUUUAUUGUUUCUUAUAAAAUUAUUUAUCAGAAAUUAUCUACACAUUCUAUUAUGA